AUGGCAAGAGUUAGAGGUAGAAAGGCGAUUCAGAAGCAGAAAAAGGACGAGUUCCAUCCUGAAGAUGGUGGUGAUGACUACAAGCAUCAACAGCAUCAACAGAUGCCGGAUGAUGGCGAAAAUGCCAAUGACGGUGUGACUCCAAACACGUUUUUCGGUGUGCUAGACUCUAGCGAAUUGGACUAUUUCAAGAAGGCCGAGUCGACGUUGGCUAUUGAUGCGUUUGAAAACCCAGAUGAGAAGUACCAGUUCAUUAACAGUGUCAUUGAGGAAAGCAAGGGCAAGGAGUUGAAGCUUGCUACUUCGCAGAUCUGCUCGAAGCUUAUGGAGCGUAUCAUUAUGGAGAGUGACGAGACGCAGUUAAAAGGGAUAUUCAAGGCUUUGAACGGGUUUUAUUUCAACAUUGCGUGCCACAAGUACUCAUCGCAUGUGUUGGAGACGUUGCUAGUUAGAGGAGCAGCACAGGUGGAAAAGGAGUUGUUGACCCCAGAUUUUGCAGACGGUAGUGGUGAAGGUGAGUAUGAACAAGAGUUUGUUACGAUGGAGUCGCUUUUCUUGUUUUUGAUCAACGAAUUGCAACCGAACCUGAAGUUCAUGGUCAACCACCAGUACGCAUCGCAUGUGCUUAGAGUGUUGAUUCUAGUGCUUUCUUCCAAGACGUUGCCUAGCACUUGGGAAAACAGGUCGACACUACGUUCUAAGAAGUCCAAGAUUGCGCGUAAGAUGAUUGAGAUCAAGGACAACGAUAAUUACAAUAGGGUGUUCAAGACGCCAGAUUCGUUCAAAGUGUCGCUUCGUUCGAUGUUGAGCGAGAUCUAUACUGGUUUCACCCAUGGCGUGCCACAAGGUGCACAACAUUUCUCGGAGGUGUCUAUUGCUGAUAUCAUGAAGUUCAGAGAAGUGUGUGUGGAUAAGAUCGGGUCGCCCGUGGUUCAGUUGAUCAUUCAGGUGGAAGGUAUCUUUGACAGAGACAGAUCGUUUUGGCAUUUGGUGUUUUGUAACUCGGAGGAGAAGGACCCCAAGGAGGAGUCGUUCGUGGAAUACUUGCUUUCCGAUGCGGUUGGGUCCCAUUUCUUACAGAAUGUCCUUUCCAGUACCAGAUUGAAAUACGUGGAAAGAUUGUACAGACUUUACAUCAAGGACAGAAUAGCCAAGUUGGCCAAGAGAGACACCACGGCUGCGUUUGUGCUACAGGCUUUGUUGAAAGUGAUGAAGCCUAACGAAGUGAAGGAGAUCAUGACCGAUUUGGUGCCCGACUUGAGCGUUUUGUUGAACUCCAACAUGGACUUUGGUACAGAGAUCAUCGAUGCCAGUAUUCGUACUGACAACUACCUAAGAGAAGAGAUUAUAGAGCAACUUUUGAAGAAAUACUACCCUCGUGAAUCCAGCGACAAGAACAUCUUGGAAUCGUGUCUACUCUUGAGUUCUUCCACUCUUGGUAACACUAGAGACGACUGGCCUACGGCGGAAGAAAGAAGACGGUCGUUAUUCUUGGAGAAAUUGAUCGAUUACGACGAUUGUUUCUUGAACAGCACCAUCGACAGUAUGCUAAGUCUCCCCGCAGAAAGACUAUUACAGAUGCCAUACCACGGUGUUUUCUCGCACGUUGUAGAACACGUCUUGCAAGUCAAGAGAGUAGAAAUCAUCAAGAGAAAGCUUCUUCUAAACGUUCUAUGUACCGAUAUCGUGAACAUGUCGUGCAACGCUUACGGUUCCCAUAUUGUGGAUAAGCUAUGGGUUUUCACCGCUAAGUUGGCCAUGUACAAAGAACGUAUUGCCACUGCAUUGUGUGCUGAAUCGGUAAAGGUCAAGAACAGUGUUUACGGUAGACAAGUGUGGAAGAACUGGUCGCUUGAACUUUUCGUUAGAAAGAGAUACGACUGGAAGAGGAUUGUCAAGGAACAAGAACUCGAACUAUUCCCAGACGCAAAGCCACUUCAACCUAAGAACCCUAAGCGUCCUCGCGAGAACGCCAAUGGUUCCGACCAACAACGUGCGCCAUUCAACAAGAACAAGUUCCAAAAAAGGUGA